UGUUUCCUCAAAGCUGAGGGCUCGAGUUGGCUAAUGCCUAAAUUCUACCAAAUAUUAGCUAGAUAGCUAGUAUAUGGGAUAAGAGCAUAUAUGGAUUAUUUAAGUAAUUCAGGCAAACAUUAGCCUCAGCGCGGUAUAUCCGUGGCGAAUAUUUUCAGCUCGCGAAGCGUGGCUAACUAGCUAAACAAAUCCAGGUGUCAAAAAUGAAGCCACUGAAGACAGGCAGCAAAACUUGCAACUUUCAGCGAGCCAAUCUUGCGCUAGAAUAAAUGGGUCAAAUCAUAUGAGAUCGGGACUGGUGGUCUAAAAGAAGUAGCCUACGUCCAUAGGAGGUUGUUCCUACGGAAAGUAAUAAGAUGUUAUUUUUAACAAUAAUUUGAACGUACAGGUAAAACUCAUAACCUGUGGAGAACUACUAUAUAAUCAGAUCACUACUCGGAAAAGGAGGAUGCGGCUCAGUGUACGCUGGGAUCCGCAUCUCCGAUGGGCUGCCGGUUGCCCUAAAAUACGUGCAGAAAGCGAAAGGGGAUGAACUGCUUCUGCCUGGUGAGGAAGUUGGAAUUCCCAUGGAAGUGGGUCUCAUGAAACUAGUGAACCAGAACGAGAGGCAUCCCAACAUCUUGCGGCUGCAUGAAUGGUUCGACACCCCAGACCACUAUAUUAUGGUGCUGGAGCGUCCGGACCCCUGUGUGGACCUCCUCGAGUUCUGCGAGUCCCAAAAUGGCUUGCUGGAUGAACAGCGGGCGAGGGCAGUGACUGAGCAACUGCUCCAGGCCCUGCUUCACUGCCAGCGGUGCGGCGUUUUCCAUCGCGACGUGAAACCGCCCAACGUCCUGAUCAACACCGAAACCUUGCGUGUUAUCCUAAUAGAUUUUGGGUGCGGGGAUCUUUGGCUGGAUACACCGUACACCACCUUCGCAGGCACCAAGGAAGUUACACCUCCCGAGUGGUUUGUGAAGGGGCUUUACCAGGCUGGCCCUGCCACGGUGUGGUCCUUAGGGGUGACGCUGUACUGUCUCGUCUGUGGCUACCUGCCGUUCAAAGGCUACGACGAGCGAAGCAUGAGCGCGCUCCAUUUCCCCGAAGGGCUGUCCCCUGAGGUCAUGGACUUCAUCAGCUGGUGCUUGGAACCCAAGGUGGAGGCCCGAGCCACUCUAGGAGAGCUCCAAGUCCACCAUUGGCUCAGUCCCAUCUGCCCAGAACAAGAACAUGUGGAGGAACAUGUAGAGGACGCCUACAUGAUCGGAUCCCAAAUUGGAGAGGGAGGAUGCGGCUCAGUGUUAGCUGGGUUCCGCAUCGAUGAUGGACAGCGGGUUGCCCUAAAAUACGUGAAGAGAUGGGAAGGGGAUGAACUGCUUAUGCCUGGAAUGGAAGACGGAACUCCCGGUGAAGUGGUGCUCAUGACCCUUGUGGACCAGGGGAAUGGCCAUCCCAACGUCUUACACUUCUAUGAGUGGUUUGACAAGGCGGACCAUUACGUCAUGGUGCUGGAGCGGCCUGAGAACUGCAUGGACCUCCUCGACCUCUGCGCGUCCCAAAACGGUUUCCUGGAUGAACGGCGGGCGAGGGCUGUGACUGACCAACUGCUCCAGGCCCUGCUGCACUGCCAGCAGUGUGGCGUUUUCCAUCGCGACUUGAAACCAGGAAACGUCCUGAUCGACACGGAAACCCAGCGCGUCAUCCUAAUAGAUUUUGGGUGCGGGGAUCUCUGGCAGGAUACACCGUACACCACCUUCGCAGGCACCAAGGAAUUUGCACCUCCCGAAUGGUUUAUGAAGGGGCUGUACCAGGCUGGCCCUGCCACGGUGUGGUCCUUAGGGGUGACGCUCUACUGUCUCGUCUGUGGCUACUUGCCGUUUAACUGCUACGACGAGCGGAGCAUGAGCGUGCUCCAUUUCCCCGAAGGGCUGUCCCCUGAGGUCAUGGACUUCAUCAGCUGGUGCUUGGAACCCAAGGUGGAGGACCGAGCCACAUUAGGAGAGCUCCAAGAACACGAUUGGCUCAGUCCCAUCUGCCCAGAACAAGUGGGAAUCGUGGAGGAGGAGGAGAGGGACUGCCAGGAAGAUGAAGAGCUGAAGGACCUGCAAGAGGAGAAACUGGGCUCCUCCAUCUCUUUCAGUCCACGUGUCAUCAUGGAAAGUGAGAGAGAGUGCCAGGAAGAUGGAGAGGAGAAGAGCAUGCAUGAGUCCAAGCUGGACCUCUGCAACUCUCUCAUUCCUGCAGUCAUGAAGAGAGAGUGCCAGGAAGAUGGAGAGGAGAAGAGCAUGCACACGGAGAUACUGGGCUGCUCCAACUCUCCCAUUCCAGCAAAGUGCCCCAAAAACGCCCCAGGAAUGUGGAAGAGGAAGAUGGCAUGUGAACAGCAGGCAGUGGUGCUGGGAGAUAUUCUGCUCCCCUGCAGCAGUGCCAAGCCUGCAAAGCGACCUCGAAAAGUGGGAAUCGUGGAGGAGGAGGAGAGGGACUGCCAGGAAGAUGAAGAGCUGAAGGACCUGCAAGAGGAGAAACUGGGCUCCUCCAUCUCUCUCAGUCCACGUGUCAUCAUGAAAAGUGAGAGAGAGUGCCAGGAAGAUGGAGAGGAGAAGAGCAUGCAGGAGUCGAAGCUGGACCUCUGCAACUCUCUCAUUCCUGCAGUCAUGAAGAGAGAGUGCCAGGAAGAUGGAGAGGAGAAGAGCAUGCACAUGGAGAUACUGGGCUGCUCCAACUCUCCCAUUCCAGCAAAGUGCCCCAAAAACACCCCAGGAAUGUGGAAGAGGAAGAUGGCAUGUGAACAGCAGGCAGUGGUGCUGGGAGAUAUUCUGCUCCCCUGCAGCAGUGCCAAGCCUGCAAAGCGACCUCGAAAAGUGGGAAUCGUGGAGGAGGAGGAGAGGGACUGCCAGGAAGAUGAAGAGCUGAAGGACCUGCAAGAGGAGAAACUGGGCUCCUCCAUCUCUCUCAGUCCACGUGUCAUCAUGGCAAGUGAGAGAGAGUGCCAGGAAGAUGGAGAGGAGAAGAGCAUGCAGGAGUCCAAGCUGGACCUCUGCAACUCUCUCAUUCCUGCAGUCAUGAAGAGAGAGUGCCAGGAAGAUGGAGAGGAGAAGAGCAUGCCCACGGAGAUACUGGGCUGCUCCAACUCUCCCAUUCCAGCAAAGUGCCCCAAAAACGCCCCAGGAAUGCGGAAGAGGAAGAUGGCAUGUGAACAGCAGGCAGUGGUGCUGGGAGAUAUUCUGCUCCCCUGCAGCAGUGCCAAGCCUGCAAAGCGACCUCGAAAAGAUGAAGACGGAAGGAGGCUGCAGCAACAGCUUCAGCCUCUUAUGCUACGCUGUGGUGGAGGAGAAAGCCAAGGCAGUGAAGGAGAGGGCCUGAAAGAACGUGGCCUCCCUGUGCCUGGUGAUCGUGCACCUCCAGACCACGGCCGUUUGAGAAGAGGAGCCGAAUGGCCGCCUCCGCAACUGGAGCAGAGAGAGGACGAGGAGUGUCCCGGCCAGGCCCAGCAGGGCCUGUUCUCACCCCUCUGGCCAUGCCACAGCUGUCACUGCACAGGCCCAGAAUCCCGCUGCCUCCCAGCCUGCCAACCACAGAAGCAUCGCGAGCUGGGCUACAGAGGGCAUGGGGCCAGACCAAUCCCAGGAUAUGACCAAUGCGAUGGGCAACCAGGCCUCGCCGUUGCCCUCCAGGACCAUGGGCCAAAUCUCCCCACGGGGUUGAUAAAAUAACGUUGGGGCAGACUGCGACAUAUCCAUGUGUUGGUGCCAAACUGAAACUGAACAGCUCAAAAAAUCUCUUUUGCUGUUCAACUUUCGGUUUGGCACCAACACAUGGAUAUGUCGCAGUCUGCUUUAACCCCAUUUUAUCCCCCACCUCCUCCCUCUCCCCCACCCCAAGCCUGCACCCCCCCCAAUCAAUCACAGUAUAGGGCCCCGCCUCUGCGGCGGGCGCCCCGUGGCAUUGCGGGCGCCCCGUGGCAUUGCGUGCCCCGGCGGAGAGUAACCGCAACACACAAGACCCAGACCGCCAUGCAGCAGGAAGGCCCGCAGAACACCCCAAGCGGACGAUGCCGCUCCCACUCUGCGGCCCCACCCAUCCAGAGGGGACGUCCGUGCGGGAACUGCGACCAGCGGAUGGAAGCUGCCCGGUCUGGCUGGACCCAGAGAGCUAAUCCUGGGCUCAGAGGCAAACAGAUGCAGAUGCAAACAGCAAACAGCAUUGCUUUCAAAACAAGUUCCAAAGUUGCUUGUGACCAGCACUGGUGUGCAAUCCAAAGGCAAGAACAUGACAUCACGCCUCUGCACUUGACUGUAUGAUCAUGAGCAACGUUCACCACCCAGGGUCCAGUAUGUAAAAUGUCCCCCAGAUGAGGCACCUAGUCAGGAGGUGGGCGGCUCUACAGGUGUCUCUCCACCCCCCUUUGAGGACCCCCCCCCCCAGGACGACAGAUCAUUCAGGGGAGAGGGGGUCAGGAGUUGUGGGCCGUGUACCACCGUGGGACCAGUGUGACCAUGAGAAGCUGUUACUGCAUCCCUUAAGUCUGGCAUGAUCAUCCUCAGCAAUGUUAGCAUGGUGAAUGGCAGUUCGAACGAAGAGCAUUUCAACACCCCAUUGUUCAGUACAGAGGAUGACAAAAUGCUGCCAUUGCUGACUUUCAUGCCAGUUUUUGAUAAAUGAAUUUUGAUUGAAUAUAAUAAAAAAUGCCACGUUUGCAUCCCCAUUUAUUGUUGGACUUGACAAAAACCACACGGCACAAAAUGUCCAAAGCAAUGUAUACACUUUAUAGGCAACGGUACAUGUAAACCUUAAUUGUUGGAGGGGGAAAUAAUUGGUCGACAUUGUUUAAAACAUUUUUGUCAUGUUUGCAUUUGUAAACUGUCGGUCUAGAAAAAGAAAAGAA